UGCAUAUGAAAUACCCAGAGUAAUAUCAGAGAGAGGUGGAAGGAGGACUGAGAAGACAGCAAAGGAGAGAAGCGUGUGAAGGAGAGUGGGAAGCAAAAGGAUUUAAAUUGGACAUGGGUCUGUGUGCUGUGCUGUUGAUUUGUCUCUCACAGGCAGAGCUGCCUGGAAUUUGGGCUCAGGAGCAGAAAGAUUUCAUUUCUGGUCAGUCAGCAAGGACUGAUGGAGGUUCAUCAGAUACACAGAGAACAAGAAGAGACAGAACUGGACCACAAUUGUUGAACAAUGGGCUGUCUAUUGGCACGCUCCCUGACAACACAACACAAGUGGUGGAAGACUCUCAGAGGUACUACUCCUGGUGCAGUUUUGGUCCUGGUGAAAAUCGAACAAAGAAUCUUUGGAUGGAUCUUGAUUCAGUGCAUCUAGGACCUGUCAGAGUGCAUUCUAUCUUAUCUAGCACACACCGACAAGCAUCGCGAGUGGCACUAACCUUUGACUUCCCUUUCUAUGGACACCAAGUGAGACAAAUCACCAUAGCAACUGGAGGGUUUAUCUUCACUGGAGAUAUAACACAUCGCAUGCUGACAGCAACGCAAUAUAUCGCCCCACUCAUGGCAAACUUUGAUCCAAGUUAUUCUAAAUACUCUACUGUGCGGUAUCUGGACAAUGGUGAUACAUUUGUGGUGCAGUGGGAUAAAGUAAGGCUAAAGGAUCGAGAGACUGAAGGAGCUUUCACUUUCCAGACUGUCCUCUGUCGUAAUGGGACCAUUGUCUUCAACUACAAAGAUGUUCCUUUGCCUGUGGAGAAAAUCAACUCGACAGAGCAUCCAGUAAAAGUAGGACUUUCUGAUGCCUUUAUUGCCCUUCUGUCUUCUCCACAGUCUUCAGAUGCUAAACAAAAGACAAUCUAUGAAUACCAUCGGGUGGAAAUUGACACAACAAAGAUCGUCAAUAACUCAGCAUUUGAGUUCACGCCAUUGCCUACCUGCCUUCAGCACACUACCUGCAAGCAAUGUCUCCAGUCAAAUAUCACAUCAGGCUGUGGGUGGUGCAACACACUACAAAGGUGUUCAGAUGGAAUUGACCGAUACAGACAAGAAUGGAUGGACCACAAUUGCUUUGAGGAGGCAAAAGGCAAAUGUGAUGACUAUGCUCAUGGAGGCCCGGAGAGUUCAAACAGCCCUUUUAGAUUACCAUCUCCAUCAAUAGCUCCUUCCCCUGUAGCUCGACCUGCCAGUCCCAUGACUGAAGGCGAGGAAGAGGUGCCAGAACACACAGCCAUCAUUGCUGGUGUAGUGGCAGCUCUGAUUCUUCUUGUGUUCUUGACCCUGUUGGCGGUCUAUUAUAUUAACACACAUCCAACAGUUGCUCCUCCAUUCUACCUCAUGCAGCGCCGUGGCAAUAAUUAUUGGCCCUCCAUGAAAUUUCGGAAUCAAGGAUGCCAUUCCAGCUAUGCUGAAGUUGAUCUAGGGGGUUAUGAAAAAGAGAACUUCAUUGAGGCAGAGCAGUGCUGAUGGUGCAGGACUGUCUUUCCUUUUUCUCUUUCUUUCUUUCUUUCUUUCUUUCUUUCUUUUUGUUCUUUCCUUUUUUUGCAGGGGAUGGACUCAUUUUAUGAACAAAGAUUGAUCCGACACCUUUUAUUAGGUGCAAUUGGAUACUUUAAACAAAAUUAUUGCAGUCUAAUAGUGUACAGCAUAUCUUUUUUGUGUUCUGAUGAUAAAAUAUGUGUAAAACACACAUGGAUUUAACAGCACUUUUAUUGAAAUAGCCUGCUUUUGGUGAUAUAAAAGUUACCUGUUUAACAUGAUCAAAUAUCAGAAAUUCUUGUGACCAUAUCCAAAGCGAAAACUACUCGAUUUUCAUUGUUAAACACCUUUAUGGUGUUGCAUUGUGAAUACACAGUAUGCUUACUGUAAAAUAAAAAAAAAAAAUAAAAAAGGUGGUUUUCUUUGAAAAACACGAUUACUACAUUGUAAAAAAGUGUUUCUACAGAGACAAAACAGUUUAUUGUUAUACUAGAGAUAAAUUAUAUUAAUUACAUAUUAUAUAUAUAUUAUUUACAUAAUGCUUUUAUCGUAUUAUAACAGCAUGCCACCCAUUGAUAAGCACAGUUAUUCUGCAAAAUUAACGU